CGUACAAAGUGCGGUUUAUUCACAGCUCCUAUCAACAUGUCAAUAUAUGCAAAUAAUCCUUUACUAUCGCGGCACUCGCACAUACGAUUGCUGAGAAUACUCUCACUCUCAAAAUCCCCUCUCGGCCGUGUUACAUGCGCUUUCGGCACAUUCGACAUAAAUUCCGCGCCCGAAUAUCAGGCUUUAUCGUACGAAUGGGGGCCCACGUCUCCAACUAUGGUGAUUGAUGUCAUGGGUCAGCCAGCGCGUAUCAGAUCAAAUCUAUGGAACUUUCUGUCCAGGCUGAGAUCCCACGGUUACGAAGACUACCUAUGGUGCGAUGCUAUUUGUAUUGAUCAGAGCAACGAUUAUGAGCGAAACCAUCAAGUUCAGCUCAUGAGCCAAAUCUAUCGGAAAGCACACUCGGUUCUAGUAUGGCUGGGAGAGGAAGAUCAAUAUAGUGGCAUCACUCUACGUUCCAUCGGGUUACUCAGUAGCUUCAAACAGGAUGCACUCAGACAGCCUCAUUUGAGCGAGAGAGCAAAGAUAUGGCAAGGAUUAGUAGCUCUUUCUAGGCGAAGAUAUUGGACCCGAAUCUGGAUCGUUCAGGAGAUCACGGUCGCGCGAGACCUACAACUCUUCUGCGGAAACGAAACGGUCCAGUGGUCGGCAUUUGCAACCGCGUGCAAAUUUCCACCUGAUCAAUUAACACCCUGGACAGCUGAACUAUGGACUCCCUUGACGGUGGAAGAUGACAGAAAACAACGCUUGCGACGUUCUCGAGGUCGCGAAAUCCACCAUAGCACAAUGUAUGGACUUAUCAAAUCUCAAAAGCGUUGGCCGAAAUUUGUCGAGUCAUUCGAAACUCUCUUUGUGCGGUACCAGGAUUCUGGGUGUGAGGAUCCCAGGGACCGUAUUUUUGCCUUGUUGAGUAUUUCGAAAGAGGUGGUCCUCGAACGUGGAUUCAAUGCGGACUAUAAGCUGAACAUGGAAGACACUUUUCUUUCUUUGAUGGCUUGGGGAGCCACUGGGCCAGUCAAAAUCGAUUCUCGUCUCGAAUUUGCCUCGCUGGUUGUGGAGUCUAUGGACUUGAGAUGGCCGAGCUAUAAAUUGGAGUCCACACUUUGGUUUGAAAGUCAACGGUCAUGGUCAUAUCUCAAAUGGAUCCAACAGCCCUUGGUAAUGACUGUACGCUGUCAACGAUUCGGAAAGUGGCCUCUUUACAACCAAAGGUCCAAAGGCAGAGGUCUCGAUACCAUUUCUGAUUCUGACGAUGAAGAUUAUGGCAUAAGAUCUUGGCCACUUGAGAUCUGCUCUGAGCUUUUUGAAUAUGACCAUGGGGAUAGACAUGAACUGGACCUAUUUGGAUUCGCCAGAUCCGACAUCUGCUUGAUAUGCAUACCGGCAGCGAAUCGUAGACGUGCCUGGACCGUUGUUGCUAGGCCUUCCUAUCAAUUUCUUAGUCACAAUAAGCAAACUUCUGGAAAGGCUGAGAAGAGGAAAGAUCGAGAGCUCGCACCCACUGUUUUCGAAGGGCUUAACAUCGUUGAAGAUACAAGCGAGCGCUUUGUUCUUGAGCUCAAGAACGUGGCUCAGUUCAUGGAGAUUCUCCUCACGGACCGUAGGCCAUUACCUUUAAGCUCUACAAUAGCCCUUGGAGGUGGCAGAGCGGGAGGCUCCCUCGCUGCACCUACAAAUGAUAAUACCAGAGGCUUAAAUGUUGUGCUGAAAGCCCUCAGGAUAGUAAGUCCGAUUACUUUGACUGCCGAGGAAGAACUAGCAACUUCUGAAGAGGACAGUGAAAAUGAGUCUACCCUGACAGACUGGAAGAGCCUUGUGGCAGAAUCUGAGGUGUUAGCGAAGGUGAAGAUACAAAAGCCACCCAUCGACAAGCCGAAGUUAUCCCACAAGCUUAAUGUAGAUCCAUUUUCAGAUUAUUAUUAGACAGCUUAUAGACUAUAGUGCCACCUACCCGCCGCAGCUGUGACAUUAUAAUAGGUUUAGAUAAUAACGAAUAAGAUGAAUUCAGGCCGAGUUGAGAGAAGGGUUGUCGUAUCCCCGGCAAAAACGGCUUAUGCGAUUUAAUCAUUCGUCCGUUGAAAAGAUAAUAUAGAGUUCCGCGGAUUUUUUCGGUAAAUCAGGUGUGUUUGAGAUAACUCGCGUGCAAAGCAGCUGGGGCAGAUUAGCUGUAGCCUGCGUCUGCCCUACAGUAUGCUUAUGCAAAGAUUCAGCAGGUACUGAAUUAGGC